ACUAUAGCCUCAUCAUCGUCAAAACCCUCGACUUGAGCCCACAAUGAUGCUCGAUCCACUCAAUGCUGUCAGAGAAGAUCUCAAGGAGAAUGGUAUCAUUCCAGAUGUUAUCCCUGUUGACCCUCCUUUCCAUCCCAAGGCUCUGCUCGUCGUGACCUUCCCCACUAGCCAAGAGGCUCUUCUUGGGAACACACUCACAAAAACAGACACCGCUGACGAACCAACUGUUGCGUUCACUCCAAUGCAGGUGCCAGACCAGACCGAUGAACCCACCUAUACGCUCGUCAUGACAGACCCAGACGCACCAUCCAAGGAAAACCCCAAAUUCAGAGAGUGGCGGCACUGGGUGGUCACUGGCGUGAAAGCUCCUCCGACGUCAGCCAUUGAGACAGACAAUCUUGAUGCACAACUCACCAAACCCGCUGUGACGCCCUAUUAUCCUCCCACCCCUCCCCCGGGAACUGGCAGGCAUCGUUAUGUGCUAUUGUUAUACCAGGAGCCUAGUGCGGACUUCUCGAUCCCUGCCGAUGCCCCGGAACGCAUGAACGAGGCUGCAGAUAGAAAGAACUGGAAUGCAGCAAGGUUUGCUGACAAGCAUGGGCUGAGGCUAGUUGGGGUCAAUUAUUUCGUUGUCGUGGGGGAGUAAGAUGUCCCAAGCGAGGCGGCUUUCCUCGAAUGGCUGAGGUGAUGCUGGGAUGUACUAUACUGAUUGAGAUAUUUUACUUUUAAAAGUUUCGAUGUAACAAACUUCAAUGCGAUUCGAUGAUGCCUCUGCUGAAGCACCGA